UAGGACAGGAGGCUGAGAUCCCACCCACCCCCCACAGGCGUCAUAGUUGGUGUGUUCCAAAUGAAUCUUGGGAUGUGUGAAGGGAGAGGGAGAGUAAAUCACAGCGGAGGGGACUGAGGACAGAGACAGCAAAGUAGAGAAAAUUGAGAGGACACCUGGGGGACAGGAAGCGUUUUGAGUAAAGCACUAGCAGAGAAUAUAGGGCAGGAUUGGAGAAGAUUGCACAGGGCGGAGAGGGAACAACAGAGGGAGACAACAUAUAGAGAAGCAAAGGGGGGGGGAGAAGUGUGUGAGACAGGAGGGAACACAACACACAGCAGAAGUACAGAAGGAGAGAGAGAAAAUCACAUAGUGUGACCAGGGCCAGAGAAUAAAGCAAAAUACUGAUUGGAAGGAAGAGAGGCUGAAAGUUAAUAGAAAACGAGAGCUCCAGCUGGGAAAGUAAUGUAGCCGCAGGCAGUGUGCAUUGCAUGCAGAGAGGGCAGAAAGGGUGCCCGGGGGAAUACACUAAGCUAAAUGGGACCCAGAUACUUGUACCUGUGUAUGUGAGAUAGAGACAGCUCUACACUGAAUCAUAUCUGGGAGAGUCCUAAGCUAAACUAUAGAGCGAGACAGCACAUUAAGUCUAGCACGAGACAGCCCUCCCUGUACUGAAGUCAAGCAGGAGACAGCCCUCCCUGUACUGAAGUCAAGCAGGAGACAGCCCUCCCUGUACUGAAGUCAAGCAGGAGACAGCCCUCCCUGUACUGAAGUCUAGCAGGAGACAGCCCUGCACUGAAUGAUAUCUGAUGAGAGCAGCUCUUCACUUUACUAUAUUGUCUGGAGGGAAACUUGCACACAACUAUAUGUGGAGAGAGACUGCUACCUGGAGACAGCUCUACUUACUAUAUCUGCGAGACAUACAGAUCUACACUGAAGUACUCUCCGGGGGAGAUAUGUCUGACUCUGCGGGAGAGACUUAAUGAGUGAUCAGAGACUUUGCGUUGAGUGAUAACAGCAGAUAGUUUGCGUUGAGUGAUCGCCCAAACAGACAGCUCUGUACUGAGAUCACCCAGGCGGACUGCUCUACAAUUGCGAGAUCGCCCAGAGAGACCGAUAGAUCGCACAAGGAGACUGCUCUUACCGGGGAUUGCUUUUUCUAUACGAAUCACACAGACUGUUCCCGGUCUGAGACACUAGUUCUGCACUUUUUAGAGUCCGGUGUUUGAAAAUGAGAGGCCGGGCUCUGGGGAUAGAAGAACCGGAUGCAGGGGGCAUGAGGCUGCUGGGGAGCUUCCUCCUGGCUGCGCUGUGUUUUACAGGUGUCUCAGGUUCUUCAGAGUGUUCCUGUGGACGUAGCCACUUUACCUGUGCUGUGAGUGCAUUUGGCGAGUGUACCUGUAUCCCUGCUCAGUGGCAGUGUGAUGGUGACAAUGACUGUGGGGACCAUAGCGAUGAAGAUGGCUGUAUGUUGCCCACCUGCUCUCCAGUGGAUUUUCACUGUGACAAUGGGAAGUGUAUCCGCCGCUCAUGGGUGUGUGAUGGCGACAACGACUGCGAAGAUGAUUCUGAUGAGCAGGACUGCCCUCCACGAGAAUGUGAAGAAGACGAAUUCUCCUGUCAGAAUGGAUACUGUAUCCGCAGUUUGUGGCAUUGUGAUGGGGACAAUGACUGCGGCGACAACAGCGAUGAGCAGUGUGAUAUGAGGAAAUGUUCAGAGAAGGAAUUUGGCUGUGCGGACGGGAGCUGUAUAGCAGAGCACUGGUUCUGCGAUGGGGAUACGGACUGCAAGGAUGGCUCUGAUGAAGAAUCAUGCCCCUCAGAAGUACCAGCCCCCAGCUGCAAUGUGGAUGAGUUUCAGUGUGCGUAUGGCCGCUGUAUCCUAGACAUUUAUCACUGUGAUGGAGAUGACGAUUGUGGGGACUGGUCAGAUGAGUCAGACUGCUCCUCUCACCAGCCCUGCCGUGCAGGAGAAUUCAUGUGUAACAGCGGACUGUGUAUCAACUCUGGCUGGCGCUGUGAUGGAGAUGCAGACUGUGACGACCAAUCGGAUGAGAGGAACUGCACGACCUCCGUUUGUACCGCGGAUCAGUUCCGCUGUGGCUCAGGCCGCUGCAUCCGGUUGUCAUGGAGAUGUGAUGGGGAGGAAGACUGCUCAGAUAACAGUGAUGAAAAGGGAUGUGAAAAAACUGGCACUCCGCAGUGUGCUCAGGAUCAGUUCUUGUGCAGUAAUGGGCGCUGUAUUGGGCAGAGAAAACUUUGUAAUGGGGUGAACGACUGUGAGGAUGGAAGCGACGAGAGUCCACAGCGAAACUGCCGCCCUCGCACAGGAGAGGAAAAUUGUAACCACCAGAAUGGGGGCUGCGCCCAGAAGUGUCAGACUGUGCGUGGGCUGGUGCAGUGCACAUGCCAAACAGGAUACAGACUGAUGGAAGACGGGAGAUCCUGUGAAGAUGUGAACGAGUGUGCUCAGGAAGGUUUCUGUAGCCAAGGCUGCCAGAAUACGGAAGGCGGCUUCCAGUGCUGGUGUGAACCUGGGUACCAGCUCCGGCCAGACAAACGCAGCUGCAAAGCUUUGGGGCCAGAGCCAGUCUUGCUAUUUGCCAAUCGGAUUGACAUCCGGCAGGUCUUACCACAUCGGUCAGAAUACACGUUGCUGCUCAAUAACCUGGAGAACGCCAUUGCCCUGGACUUCCAUCACGAGCAUGAGCUGGUCUUCUGGUCAGAUGUGACACUGGACCGUAUCAUGAGAGCCAACCUCAAUGGUAGCAACGUGGAAGAAGUGGUGUCUACAGGUCUAGAGAGUCCAGGGGGUUUAGCCAUUGACUGGAUCCAUGACAAGCUGUUCUGGACUGACUCGGACACCUCACGCAUUGAAGUCUCCAAUCUUGAUGGCACUCACCGUAAGGUCCUCCUAUGGAACAGCCUGGAGAAGCCACGAGCCAUUGCGCUGCACCCCAUGGAAGGCACCAUCUACUGGACAGAUUGGGGUAAUACACCAAGUAUUGAAUAUGCCUGCAUGGAUGGUUCAAACCGGCGCAUGAUUGCAGAUACUCACCUUUUCUGGCCCAAUGGCCUGACCAUUGACUAUGCUGGGAGGAGGAUAUACUGGGUGGAUGCCAAGCACCAUGUCAUCGAGAGAGCAGAUCUGGAUGGGGCUAAUCGCAAAGCAGUUAUUAGUCAGGGUCUCCCACAUCCAUUUGCAAUUACGGUUUUUGAGGACAGCCUAUAUUGGACUGACUGGCAUACCAAAAGCAUUAACAGUGCCAACAAGUUCACAGGAAAGAACCAAGAGGUUAUACGUAGCAAGCUACAUUUCCCCAUGGAUAUCCACACCUUGCACCCACAGAGACAACCUGCAGGAACAAACCGCUGCGGCACUAAUAAUGGAGGAUGCUCCCACCUCUGCCUCCCAAGUCGUGAUACUUACACCUGUGCCUGUCUCACUGGCUUCAGUAAAACCGGCACGCAUACAUGCGCCAAGAGUCUUGACAAGUUCCUGCUUUUUGCCCGAAGGACGGACAUCCGGAGGAUCAGCUUUGACACAGAUGACCUUGCUGAUGUUGUUAUCAAGCUAACUGAUGUGAGAAGCGCUGUGGCACUGGACUGGGACUCUGCUGAUGAAUUCAUAUACUGGAGUGACAUUACUACUGACUCAAUCAGCCGUGCUAAGUGGGAUGGCAGCAAUCAGGAGGUUAUUAUAGACACUAGUUUGGAAAGCCCUGCAGGACUGGCUAUAGAUUGGGUCACUCGCAAACUGUACUGGACAGAUGCAGGUACAGAUCGGAUUGAAGUUGCAAACCUUGAUGGAUCCAUGCGCAGUGUUUUGAUCUGGGAGAAUCUAGACAGGCCCAGAGACAUUGUGGUGGACCCCAUAGGAGGGUUCAUGUACUGGACAGACUGGGGAGCCAGCCCAAAGAUAGAGCGUGCAGGGAUGGAUGCGUCAGGCCGUCAGGUCAUUAUCUCCUCCAAUCUCACCUGGCCUAAUGGUUUAGCCAUUGACUAUGAUUCAAAGCGUUUGUACUGGGCUGAUGCCGGCAUGAAAACCAUAGAAUCAGCCAAACUGGACGGAGCUGACCGAACGGUGGUCAUUGGCACAGAUCUUUUGCACCCCUUUGGUCUGACUCUGUAUGGAGAUAGGAUUUACUGGACUGACUGGCAAUCAAAAAGUAUUGAGAGUGCAGAUCGCAAGACAGGGCUUGGGCGCAAAACUGUGAGAGAUAAUUUGGAAAAUCUCAUGGAUAUUCACGUGUUCCAUCGUCACCGAACCUCAGUUACAUCCGCUUGUUUAAUUAAUAACGGAGGCUGCAGUCACAUCUGUCUUCUGUCACCCCACCUAAAAGGUCACAGUUGUGCGUGCCCCACUGGGGUGAAUUUACUUGCAGAUGGCAGGACCUGCUCAUCAGGGAUGGAUCGUUUCCUUAUUUUUGCUAGGAGAACAGACAUUCGCUCCAUCUCUUUGGAUAUUCCAUAUUUUGCUGAUGUUGUGGUUCCCGUGAAUGUGACUAUGAAAAACACAAUUGCUGUGAGUGUAGAUCCUGUUCAAGGGAUGGUCUACUGGGCAGACAGUAUUCUCCGGAGGCUAAGCAGAGCACCAGUUGAUGGAUCCAGUUAUGAGGAUAUAAUAACUACUGGCCUAGUGACCACCGAUGGUCUAGCAGUGGAUGCUAUUGGCAGGAAAGUGUACUGGACAGACACUGGGACCAACAGAAUCGAAGUGGGAAAUCUGGAUGGCUCCAUGAGAAAGGUGCUUGUGUGGCAAAACCUUGGCAGCCCCCGAGCAAUUGCUUUAUACCACGAGAUGGGAUAUAUGUACUGGUCAGAUUGGGGAGAGAAUGCCAAGCUAGAACGGGCAGGAAUGGAUGGUUCUGGUCGUAUGGUUCUGAUAAGCCUGAACUUAGGUUGGCCCAAUGGCUUGGUAGUGGACAAAGCUGGAUCUCAGCUGCUGUGGGCAGAUGCACAUACAGAGAGGAUAGAAGCCUCAGACCUGAUGGGGAGGAACAGACGUAUCCUGGUGUCCCCAGUCCAGCACCCAUAUGGCCUGACUCUUCUAGAUUCACACAUCUAUUGGACAGACUGGCAGACAAGAAGCAUCCAAAGGGCAGAUAAAGAUACUGGUGGAAAUGUUAUUGUGGUCAGAGAUAACCUUCCUGGUCUGAUGGACAUUCAAGCAGUGGACAGAACCCACUCUCUUGGUUAUAACAAGUGUGGGGAGAGGAAUGGUGGCUGCUCACACCUUUGCCUGCCUAACCCAGAAAGUUAUUCUUGCACCUGUCCUACUGGCAUCCAGCUAAAGAAAGAUGGAAAGACAUGUGACUCCUCUCCAGAUACCUAUUUGCUAUUCUCUAGUCGUGGAUCUAUACGCAGAAUCUCAUUGGACACAGAAGACCAUACAGAUGUUUAUGUGCCCAUUAAGGAGUUACACAAUGUAAUUUCUCUGGAUUACGACACUGUGGAGGGCAAAAUCUACUACACAGAUGUCUCUCUAGAUGUGAUAAGACGUGCAGAUCUAAGUGGCAGCGACAUGGAAACAGUCAUCGGUGAGGGUCUGAAGACCACAGAUGGUUUAGCUGUUGACUGGGUUUCUAGAAAUUUAUACUGGACAGACACAGGUCGCAACACUAUUGAAGUGUCACGGUUGGAUGGGCGCUACAGGAAGGUGCUAAUUAAUAAUAGUCUGGAUGAGCCGCGUGCCAUCGCUGCCUUUCCCAGGAAGGGCUUGCUUUUCUGGACCGAUUGGGGUCACACUGCAAAAAUUGAGAGAGCCCACCUUGAUGGCUCUGACCGUAAGACAAUCAUUAGUACUGAUCUAGGAUGGCCCAAUGGAUUGACACUUGACUAUGACAUCCGGAGGCUUUACUGGGUAGAUGCCCAACUGGAUCGCAUUGAGAACUCUGAUCUGAAUGGAAAGAUGCGGCAGGUGCUGGUUAGUCAGGUUUCCCAUCCCUUUGCCCUCACACAGGAGGGUCACUGGAUAUACUGGACUGACUGGCAGACCAAAUCAAUCCAAAGGGUGGAUAAAUACUCUGGUCGCAACCAGGAGACCAUUUUGGGAAAUGUUGAAGGGCUGAUGGAUAUUAUUGUGGUUUCUCCAAACAGGCAAACAGGAAGCAAUGCCUGUGCAAUCAAUAAUGGUGGCUGCUCCCACCUCUGCUUUGCUCGGACCAAUGAUUUUGUGUGCGCCUGUCCUGAUGAGGCUGACUCUGAGCCAUGCUCCCUCAUUCCUGGAUUUCUACCCUCUGUUCCAUUGCCAACAAACAGCAGUCAAAAAAGCUCUGGCCCUUCAAGCUUUAGUACUCAAAGUGAUAGAGGAGACAGCACCACUGGGGCCACAUCAGGAAGUUGCUCAGAUGAAGAGGCAUCUCAUGGACUUUGCAUGUCUGGUGGAGCUGUGCCAGCUAGCGUAGGGGAUAGGCUGCGUGUACCAUACAUCAUAGCUGGGUCACUGUCCAUACUCUGCCUUCUCCUUCUCCUCUCUGCCCUUCUAAUCUACAGACACAGACGUGCAAAGCUGUCUGAUCCUGGGUUGGGCACCCUCACAUACAGUAACCCCUCAUACCGUACGUCUACUCAGGAGGUCAAGAUUGAGGCUGUGCAUAAACCCACUGCUGGCCACCUGCAACGGCAUCGCAAAGAGGCUCCUCCUGACUGUGGUUACACCAAAGAAAAAAUCCGUAUCUUGGAGGGUUUUGGUUUACUGUCAGGAGAUGAAUGUGACUGGAAUGACCUCAAGCAGGUUAAGCCAUCUCGCACCAGCAUUUUGCGGGACCAUGUGUGUAUCAAGACGGACACUGUCUCUCUGCAGACCAGCACUGCUUCUUUGGACCUGACAGAAACACAGCAGUUGUUGCAAGAGGAACAAUCCGAAAGUGGCAGUGUCACAUUUCCACCCAGUCCUGAACGACGCAUCUCCCUACCAGAUACAGGCUGGAGUGGAAAGCACAUUUCUUCCACUGAGAGUGAUGUGUGAGGCACCAGAGGAAAUGACAGGGAAGAAUAGACUCUGCAUCGCCCUGCACAAUAUUACUCAACUAAUUAAGACUAUCAUAUAUAGGACACUGAGAUCAGCGCCCUUACUCAUGGGAAGAAACUGGACUUUUGAAGGCUCUUGGAGAGGAGACAACAGAUGCUUUGAGUGGAUUUUCCUACACACUGUGUUGCCAUUAACUGCUGUAUUCACAUAUAAGACACUCUAAGAGGACGCUUGGUUCACCUUUUGACUUCAUAUUAAUGUUCUGGCCCGUAUCUUUGAGUCUACAUCGGUCAUUUUUAUUGAUCUGAUUUUAAUUGUCAAAUACUUGACAAGAAAAUAGUGUUUUGAUUGUACAAUUCAUUAAUGACACAAAAAUGGUUUCAUUGGUGGCAUCCAUGUAACAGAACGCACAAGCCUUGACUUGAAACAAGUCCUCUCUUCCUGCUAUUUACACUUUUCUGAAAACUAUUAUCUGCACAAUCCUAAAGAGAACUGAAAUGUGGAUAUACUAAUAUACAGCCAGUUAAUUAAGCCAAUUAAUGCACAACAUUGGUUAAAAAGUUCUGCCGGCACGAGGAGAUAUAAUUACUGAUUCUCAAGGGAGUCUAUUUCUAAUUUUUAUACUAAGCUGAAACAAAACAAAAUCCAUAAAAUGGUCUGCAGUGGGUUGUUUAUUUUGUAAUGUUUGUAACAUGAAUUUCUGAAUAUGAUUUUCUAUUUUAUUUAACCUCUAAACUGGGUAUUUUAGACUUGUUGUGAUAACUUAAUAUAAAAAUAGAUUUUCGUA